GAGAAUUACAAUAGCUAAAAUCGGGAAUUAAUACGACCCCAAGUGUGCUUCGAUUAUCGUAUUUAAACUUUAGUGCCUUAUUAUCGCCAACAAUAAAGAUUGACUAACUUUAAAGAGUGCCGGGCUUCACACGAGAAUAGUAUCUGAACCAUACUCCGCUGAUAAAAGCGUGUCGUCAUAUCUACAGACAGCAUUCAUCUAGUUUGUCAGUUGGUCGCUAUCACUAUCAGCGUUUCGUCUUUCCCUGAAACUGGUUUUGUGGACGCGAAAUAGUGAAUAGAAGUGCAAGUGAAAGUGCUUCGCCGGCAGAAACCUGCUAAUCUCUCUGGAUAUACUCAGCAGUAUUUCAUUCGCAAGAUAAGACUGUUGCAGAGCCAGACAUGGACCGGACAAAGAAGACAAGCCGAUGGUACUUUGGUGGUCUGGCUAGUGCCGGUGCCGCGUGUUGCACGCAUCCACUCGACUUGCUAAAAGUCGCGCUUCAAACCCAACAGGAGGGGAAAAUCUCAAUGAUAAAGUUGACAUCAAAAGUAAUUCGACAGCAAGGAAUUUUAGCUCUCUACAAUGGGUUGUCAGCUUCGUUAAUGCGACAAUUAACUUACUCGACCACUCGGUUUGGGAUGUAUGAAGUAGGCAAGAAGGCAGUCAACACUGAUACGUUUUCUGGAAAAAUUAUGCUAGCGGGUAUAUCAGGAGCCGUCGGCGGAUUCAUAGGUACCCCUUCUGAUAUGAUCAACGUACGAAUGCAGAAUGAUGUCAAAAUAAAACCUGAACUGAGAAGAAAUUACAAGCAUGCAAUUGAUGGCCUUAUACGAGUGUACAGAGAGGAAGGCUUCCGACGAUUAUUCUCAGGUGCAACUACAGCAACUGGCCGAGGUUUCCUCAUGACAAUUGGACAAAUAGCUUUCUACGAUCAGACUAAGUACCUUCUCCUGCAAACUUCAGUCUUUGGUGACAACCUCAUCACUCACUUUUCUGCCUCCCUCAUAGCUGGCGCAAUAGCAACCACCCUAACCCAACCACUCGAUGUCCUCAAAACACGAUCGAUGAACGCGAAGCCGGGUGAAUUCCGAGGACUCUGGCAUAUUGUCCUGCACACGGCUAAACUUGGCCCCCUAGGCUUUUUCAAAGGCUACGUUCCAGCCUUCAUCCGUUUGGCGCCACAAACUAUCCUUACAUUCGUGUUCCUCGAGCAGUUGCGCUUCAAUUUCGGUGUAUGGCCAGUGAAACCGGCGGCAUCUGCCUAGAAAUCACAUAAACAACCAACGCCCACGUGUUUUUAAUUGUGCCAACGCCAUUCCAGUGCGCAUUCAAUAAGACUUCAAGACGACAAUGCUUGGAAGUGACAGUAAAGGGACUGCCGCAUGAAUUUUCAAGAGAAAUUGUGCUCAAAACACACUUUAAGGGAUGCAACUCAAUAUUUCUUACUAUGCUUUUAGGUGUCGACUAUUAAGUUGUUUGUAAUUUCAUAUUUUAUAUUUGCUUUGUAUAAACGGUCGGUGCGGAAAAGUUACUCAGAUAUUAGAUAGUCGAAUUCAUAAAUUAUUCACCGUGACGGAAAGAUCGCAAAAUAGUCCCCGGCAAUUGGCGAAAAGCAAUACCAGCGAAUGGAACCAGUGUAUCUUAUUUUAGUCGUCGAAGUACCGCAAGGAAAAUACAAUUAGUUUAUCGGGAGCUGAGAGGAAGAUACUGUCCGCGUCGAACGUUGAACAGAAACAGCUCGAAAAUUCACCCCAAAUGUUUUGUGACUCAACUUAUUCUUUAAGCCGCUCGGAUAAAUGAACAAAAUACAUUCCUUUCUACGAAGCCUCGUUUACUUUGAUAGUAAUAUUCUUGAUAGCAUUUUUAUUAUUUUAUUUAUCUAAACUUUAUAUUGUAUGUAUAUAAACAGUUGUUGUUAUGUUCUAAAUACAAAACUCAUUUCGAACUAUUUGCAACAUUUGGACGUAAUAGGCGACAAGUGGGUCGAGGAAAUGUUUAGUAAAUGAAAUUCAAUGUCGGAAACCAUUGGGCAAAUAGUUUGACUGCAUCCAAUGCGAACGCAAAGCGCACGAACUAGUGAUGUAAGUUAAGAAAGAUUCAUUAAAUGAUAUGAAUAUGGUAAAAUUAUGUGUACUUUAAAAAGAUUGUGUACUUUAGAUGUAAAGUUUAAUUUAGGCAAUGUUUUUCUUUCUGGCUGCGAUAGAGAUAUUGGAAUAAAGUUGUUGCUGGUUAUACUAUAUUGGAAA